AAUCCAAUAUUGACUUUGGAAUUCGGGUAGACUUGCAGUCCAGGCUCCAGCUAGCUGAGCUUUCGGAGCUCCUACUUUUAUAUAUAUGGCGUUGCAUAUAGAAGAAGCUAAUAAAGAAGAUAUGGCUUGUCUAUCUCUUCAUAGAGGUGGGUCAGCUAUGGUGGCUUUUGUAUCCAUCUUUUUGCUCUUGAAUGAUGGUUCUGGCGGUGGCGGCGCGGCUGCUGCUCGGCUCCGAACCACCAGUACUCUGUCGCGUAAUCUUCUUGCAAAUGGACUCGGGAAAACUCCUCCUAUGGGAUGGAAUAGUUGGAACCACUUUCACUGUCAAAUUGAGGAGAAAUUGAUUAGAGAAACAGCGGAUGCAAUGGUGUCGUCGGGACUCGCCGCAAUAGGAUACGAGUACAUAAAUCUAGAUGAUUGCUGGGCUGAACUUAAUAGAGACUCUCAGGGAAAUUUGGUGCCAAAAGCUUCAACAUUUCCAUCUGGAAUCAAGGCAUUAGCAGAUUAUGUCCAUAGCAAAGGGUUGAAGCUUGGGAUUUACUCUGAUGCUGGAACUCAAACUUGUAGUAAGACUAUGCCUGGAUCCCUAGGCCAUGAGGAACAAGAUGCAAAAACUUUUGCUUCUUGGGGUAUUGACUACUUGAAGUAUGAUAAUUGCAACAAUGAUGGCACAAGUCCAAAGGAAAGGUACCCAAAAAUGAGCCAAGCUUUAUUGAAUUCUGGGAGAUCCAUCUUCUUUUCUCUUUGUGAAUGGGGAGAAGAAGACCCAGCCACUUGGGCUGCAGAAAUAGGAAAUAGCUGGAGAACAACAGGUGACAUCGAAGAUAAGUGGGAAAGCAUGACAUCACGUGCCGAUCAAAAUGACAAAUGGGCAUCUUAUGCUGGACCUGGAGGGUGGAAUGAUCCGGACAUGCUUGAAGUUGGAAAUGGAGGCAUGACAACAGAGGAGUAUCGUGCUCAUUUUAGCAUUUGGGCAAUAGCCAAGGCUCCUUUGUUGAUUGGGUGCGACAUUCGAGCAAUGGACAAUGUGACAUUAGAAUUACUCAGCAAUGAAGAAGUUAUUGCAGUCAGUCAAGACAAAUUGGGAGUUCAAGGGAAAAAAGUCAAGAAGGAUGGGGAUCUGGAGGUUUGGGCUGGUCCUCUCAGUGAUGGCAAGGUAGCUGUAGUUCUGUGGAAUAGAGGGCCAUCAAAUGCUAAGGUUUCUGCUAAUUGGUCUAACAUUGGCCUUAAAUCAACAACAGUGGUUAGUGCAUGUGAUUUAUGGGAGCAAUCAACAGAGUCAUUAGUGGACGGACAACUCUUUGCCGAUCUUGAGUCUCAUGCUUGUCGAAUGUACGUUUUAAAUCCACAAUAAAGCUAUGAUUGCCCAAGAGAACUGAAGGCUUCACAUUCAAUAAUAUUUGAACAAGAUUUGUAAUUUCUAUUUUUGUAUUAUUAUUUCAUGGCUCAACAAAUUCAAUUACACGUAGUGGAGCUUUCCAUUUCGGAGCACCUAUAAAACUUAGUUUUACCCCCUCCAACCACUUAUU